UCUUGCCAUUGCUCGAAUGGACUCUUCCGCGAAAUCUCCAGUCCAAACUAGCAAGGACUUCCGGGUGGCCAUUAUCGGCGGUGGGAUGUGUGGACUGGCUUGUGCCGUCGGUUUGGCGCGUGCGGGUAUCCAUGCUGAUCUAUUUGAAGCUACCGCCAAGUUCGAAGAAGUCGGGGCUGGUAUCGGUCUCGGACCGAAUGCCUUGCAGGCACUGGAUGAGCUCGGAAUUCUUAGCUCGAUUAUGAACCUCCCUGAAGCAUCCGAGCACGCGGAUCGUAGGAUGGUGUUCGUUUCUGGUCUUGGUGACCAUCAAGUGCUAUACGAUUACGGGGAUAGUCCUGACUGUGGAUCUCUGGAUGGAGGUAUUAGCAUUUACAGGCCGACAUUUCUUGACGCGGUGCUCCCUUUGAUUCCGGAUCCCAGCCACAUGCAUUUCAAGAAACGUCUCACAUCUAUUUCUACAGUCUCUGGAACAUCCGCAUACACUAUCCACUUCUCGGACGGCACUACACACGAAGCGGAUCUGGUCAUUGGAGCAGACGGCAUCCACAGCUCAUCCCGGACUUUCUUGACUGGGAAAGACAACAAGGAAGUGCUCGACUUCACGAAUACGGUCGCAUAUCGAGGAGUUGUGCCCUGGGAUGUCUUAAAAGGAGCCGGCGUGAGAACGGAUCUGACCAGCCGCACGUUCAACUUUGUGGGCAUCGGCAAGCACAUCAUCGUUUAUCCCAUCCAAAAGCGCACAAAGAUCAACAUCGUGGCCUUUGCUACCGAAACUGGGGUUCCGGUUGGAUCUGUGCAAGUGGCCGGAUCGUGGGUUCAGCGGGUGCCUCAGCAAGAACUCGUCGACGCGUAUGCACACUGGGGCCCUGACGUGCAGACGAUCCUUCAGCACAUCGAGAAGCCGACCAAAUGGUUCAUCCAUCACUUGAAACCGCUGGAGAGAUACUCGCGAGACAGAGUCGUCCUGGUCGGAGAUGCAGCCCACGCCAUGUGUCCGCAUCUCGGCUCGGGAUUCGGACAAGGACUCGAGGAUGUUUUUCUUCUCUGCAAGUUGCUCGGUCACCCUCAGACGAAUAUCUCCAAUCUGCAGUCCAUUCUGGCUGUAUACGACUGCAUCCGUCGACCACGUGCUGAGAUGGUCUGGAAUCGAAGUUUUGCAGCCGGACUUCAUUAUGAGCGCUGCGGGCUUCCCGGGUACCAGAAAAACGACAUGCAAAGCCAUUUUCAAGGAGUUUGGGACCCAAUCUGGCAACAUGAUCUUGGAGAGGAUGUCUCCGCUGCGCUUGCCGAGCUGAUCAAGCAGGGGAUCUUCACAGAAACGAGUGGGUAGCCAGGUAGCGCAUAGGAUCGGGUACUGAGAACAGUGUUGUAU